AUGUUUGCAGGACGGCAGGCCACCGCGAAUGUCAAGGAGUCUCUCGCAUGGGGUACGAAGAUUGUAGGAGGUGUAAAGCCCGGCGUGGAGGGUGAGCAUCUAGGACUUCCUGUGUUUCCUUCAGUGCGAGCGGCUCAAGAAAGGGCCAAGCCCGACGCAUCCGCCAUUUAUGUCCCGGGAAACCAGACAGCAAAGGCCAUCGAGGAAGCGGUUGAGGCAGAGAUUCCGCUUGUUGUGGCUGUAGCGGAGCAUGUUCCCAUUCAUGAUAUGCUUCGUGUACACUCUAUGCUGCAGACCCAGUCCAAAACGCGACUGGUAGGAGCCAACUGCCCGGGAAUCAUCUCUGCAAUUGGCAAGUGCCGUAUCGGAUUCCAACCUUUACCGUGUUUCUCACCCGGGAAGGUCGGAAUUGUAGCUAAAUCAGGGACACUAAGCUACGAGACUGUGGCAUCGACGACGCGCGCUGGACUUGGACAGAGCCUGUGUAUUAGCAUGGGCGGAGAUGUACUGGCGGGAACCAAUUUCGUCGACGCGUUGAAGGUCUUCGAGGAGGAUCCUGACACAGAAGGUAUCAUAUUGGUCGGGGAGAUCGGUGGAACUGCGGAAAUUGAUGCAGCAGAGUGGAUUCGAGACUACAACAAGCGGACCGCCAACCCGAAACCUAUUAUGGCUCUUGUUGGCGGUCAAGAGGCCCCUCCUGGUCGGGUCAUGGGCCACGCCGGCGCUUGGAUAGCUCCUGGAGAGCCAGAUGCAGUGGCCAAGCACAGAGCUCUCGAGAGCGCGGGAGUGACAAUGGUCGAUCACCCAGAAAAGUUUGGUCAGGGUAUGAAGGCGCUUUUAGCUCGCAGAACCCUGACGAGUGCUACGCCUAUCAGUUCUAGCAGCCAAAAAAGAGGCCUGCAUACAAUGCGACGUCUCCCGCAUGGUAGUAGCCGUGUGUCGUCCUGGUCAAUACAAAAGCGAUCUCUCUAUGUCAAGGAAUUUCAGGCUCUCGAGAUGCUGAAGCAGAAAUCUAUCUCGAUGAACGAGGCAGCUCCUUCGGAUUCGGAUGUCUUGCUCACAAUGACAGUGGACAGAACAGCAUUGUCGCCCUGCAUAGUUGCUUCUACAAGACCUGAUCUUGCUCAAGCGUCUUCGGAUAGAUUUCCAUUCGCUUAUACAACACAAGAGUUCAGCAGUACCAGCCCAGUCCUCGAAGCUGUUGCCUCCCAUCUGCAACUUCCAGAGACAGCACGCGGGAAGUUGGCAGAGCUUACGCAAGCUCUUUGGGAGAUCUUCAAGGAGAAGGAAGCCUACCUACUGGAAGUCCGGGUCAAUUUCAGCCAUGGUGAGAUGCAAGUUCGAGGUGCACGUUUCGGGUUUGACGAUGCGGCGUUCCGGAGCUCCGGACGUCAAGAAGACGUGCACCGACUCAGAGAUAUAGAAGAAGAGGUACCUGAAGAGGUCGAAGCGGAAAAGGACGGAAUCGUCUAUGUCAAGUUACAAGGAGAGGGAAGCAUCGGGACACUAGUCAAUGGCGCCGGCCUAGCGAUGAACACCGUUGAUGCCCUGUCAAUCCACGGCGGUCACUGCGCCAACUUCCUUGACACAGGGGGCAAAGCAACGUCCGAAACGGUCAAAUCGUCCUUCCGGAUCAUUCGAUCAGAUCCACGGGUCAAGGCCAUUUUCGUCAAUAUCUUCGGCGGCCUAACUCGGUGUGACAUGAUCGCCGAGGGGAUCAUCAUGGCCUUUCGGGACUUGGAAAUGAACGUCCCGGUGGUAGUACGACUGCGGGGGACGAACGAGGAGAUCGGACAGAAGAUGAUUGCUGAGAGUGGGCUUCCCCUGCACGCCUUUGACAGUUUUGAGGAUGCGGCCAAGAAGGUGAUCAGCCUGGCCAGGAGUACAUAG